UUUCUGCUUUUUCUGCUGCCCCUCACACCGUACAUCUCCUGUUAUACUUGUUCACUUUGGUCAGGAUUCUUCCCAAUGCAAGCCUCAAUUUUCAUCUCGGCAAAACCAAAACCCUUCUCGCCCCCAAUUAGCGUGAAGUCUCAGCACACUCCGACAACGUUGGGCCAACCGCUACAUAGUGCUUUUCCCAUGGCUGCUCCUAAAUGGGCUCAGAAGACGAUCACUCUUCCCCCACAAAGACGAGGUUGUCAUCUCAUCACCCCAAAGAUACUGAAGGAAAUUGAUCAGGAUUUGUCUGGAUUCAAGUGUGGCCUCGCACAUUUUUUCUUGCAACAUACAAGUGCCUCCCUCACGCUAAAUGAGAACUACGAUUCAGAUGUUCGAGAUGACACUGAGACAUUCCUCAACAGGAUAGUUCCAGAGGGGCGGUCAGCACCUUGGAAACAUACUUUAGAAGGCCCUGAUGACAUGCCAGCACACAUUAAAUCCUCAAUGUUUGGGUGCACCCUCACGGUUCCGAUAACCGAUGGGCGGCUCAACAUGGGAACUUGGCAGGGAAUUUGGUUGUGUGAGCAUCGGGACCAUGCUACUCCACGCAAAGUUGUGGUUACUCUUAAUGGAGUAUAAGGUAUGAUCAUGAUCUGAAACACCAAUUUUCAGACAGAUAUGAUGGUGUGCUGGUAUCAAGGCCAACUUUAGUGGGAACUGGUCUGACAUCUACAGAGAUGACGCAGUUAAUAUCAUUAAGAUGCGUUAUUUAGCGCUACAGUUUUUGGGGUCCAAAUCUUAUUAAACUACUCCUAAAAGGCUAAAAUAAUUAAUGCCACAUAUUAAUUAUCAUUCUGACAGGUAUUUGGCAAAUAACUAAGUUAAAUUAUUGUAUGUUUGAUCGUUUGGUCUUUAACAUAGCUACACAGUCCCUGGAUGGUUUCAUUUAGAAUUUCAACUCUAAAACUUGGCUUGUUUA